AUGGCCCGGGCCGCUCCGCAGUGGGACGCCGCCGUAGUCGCCCUUCAUGUGCUCCUCACCUGGUGUCACGCAGGAAUUACAAGUAUUAACUGCUCUGGCCACAUCUGGGUAGAACCGGCCACAAUUUUUAAGAUGGGCACAAAUAUCUCUAUAUACUGCCAAGCAACAAUUAAGAACUGCCAACCAAGGAAAAUUUAUUUUUAUAAAAACGGCAUUAGAGAAAGAUUUCACAUCACCAGGAUUAAUAAAACAACAGCUCGACUUUGGUAUACAAACUUCCUGGAGCCCCACGCCUCUGUGUACUGCACUGCUGAGUGUCCCGGGCGUUUUGGAGAGACGCUGAUAUGCGGAGAAGACAUUUCUUCUGGAUAUCCGCCAGACAGUCCUGAUGGGGUCACCUGUGUCAUCUACGAAAACUCAGGCAGUAUGACGUGCAGCUGGGACACCGGGACCCUGACCUACGUGGACACCAAGUACGUGCUGCAUGUGAAGAGUUUAGAGACAGAAGAAGAGCAACAGUAUCUCACCUCGAGCUGUAUUAACAUCUCCACUGACUCAUUACAAGGCGGCAAGGAGUAUUUGGUUUGGGUCCGAGCUGUGAAUGCGCUAGGCACGGGGGAGUCAAAACACCUGCAGAUUCACCUGGAUGAUAUAGUGAUACCUUCUGCACCCAUCAUUUCCAGGGCCGAGAAUAUCGAUACUCCGGUGCCCAAGACUGUGAUUCACUGGAAUAGUCAAGCAAGGAUUGAACGCGUGUCCUGUGAAAUGAGACACAAGGCUGGGACUGACCAGACUUGGAACGUUAAAAAAUUUGACACCAAUCUUACAUAUGUGCAACAGUCAGAAUUCUACCUGGAGCCGAACACUAAGUACGCAUUUCAAGUGCGAUGUCGAGAAGCAGGCAGGAGGUUCUGGCAGCCCUGGAGUUUGCCCUUUUUUCACAAAACACCUGAAAUAGACGGCAGGCAAGACAUUGGACUGUUAUCGGGAAUGGUCACCUGUGCCGUCACGUUGUCAAUUCUGGCUUUGGUCGGGAUGUUUAACAGAUCGCUACGAACUGGAAUUAAAAGAAGAAUCUUAUUUCUAAUGCCAAAGUGGCUUCAAGAAGACAUUCCUAAUAUGGAAAACAGCAACGUUGUGAAAAUGCUGCAGGAACAAAGUGAGUUCAUGAAUAAUAAUUCCAGUGAACAGGUCCUAUACGCCGACCCUGUGAUUACAGAGAUAGAAAUCUUUCUCCCAGCACACAAGCCCACAGACCACAAGCAGGAAAGGAGUAUGGACUCUCUGGAGACCAGAGGUUACCUGCAAAAUCCGCUGUUGGCCAGCACGACAGUUGUGUAUCUUCCUGACCUCAACCCUGGAUAUAAACCCCAGAUUUCACACUUUUGCCCUGGGGAAAACCGUCUCCUCAAUAGUGAUGAAAUAGAUUCCUCAACUUUUAAACCACCAGCUGAUUCCUUAGACCUGGGGAAGAAUCCAAGCUUAAAACAAUACCCUAAUUUCUCCUUUUCCAUCUCAAGUAUGAAUUCACCAAGCAACACGCUGUUUCUUGAAGAAUUAAGCCUCAUUGUAAAUCCAGGAGAAUGCAGUCCUCCUGACCCAGAAAGCUCAGUCCAGGGAGACACCACUGCACUUUUGGAGAACGCGCCAGCUGGUGAGACUGUUCCAGAACAGACCCUGCUGCCUGACGAAUUCGUCUCCUGUCUGGGGCUCAUAAAUGAGGAGUUGCCAUCUAUUAAUUCUUAUUUUCCACAAAAUAUUUUGGAAAGCCAUUUCAGUAGGAUUUCACUCUUGGAAAAGUAG